AUGUUCCCUAUCGCGCCAUCUAUGAGAAAAAGCGUUAAGGCGAUGGCCAAGGUUACGCUGGAACUCACCAGGAACCUCGUUACUCGUACAUCGGAUUCUUCGCGAUUGGAGUCGACUUGCUCAAGGCUUGCAUCCGUUAACAUUAGAAGAGUUCACUCAAUGUAUAGGGCCAGCCAUGACUUUGUAUCAGGGGCUGGUUUGGUUCCGCUGCACUCAACCACGCCCUCCAACGCUUUCGUACCAGGCCUUACUUUUCACCAACCUUUCAUUUUUGCGGCAUGUCUUACACCUCUAUUCGCAGCCGCUGGUGGAUAA